CACACUGAUGGAGUGAUUUUAUAACCCUUUGCGCGCGCGCGCGCACACACACACACACACACACACACACAUACACACCGAGAUAUAGCCUAUUGGUUAUUAUGGCCGAGGCUCCGAGCCCCGAGCCCCCCUUGAACGUGGAGAUAGACCCGGAUUUCGAGCCCCAGAAGCGGCCGCGCUCGUGCACCUGGCCGCUGCCCCGUCCCGAGUCCGGGGACAAACCGGGGACCAGUGACGUCAUCCCGGAGGAGGAGGACGAUGAGGAUGAAGACGCUCCUCUCGCACCCGGUGGGGGGGCUGUGGUGAAGCCCGGGGUACUGGGCUCCGUGUCCCGGCCCGUGGAGAUGCAUCUGCCCCCCCGCAGAGAGGAGGCUGCGGACGGGUCCCCUUCCUUUGCUCAGACCCCCCCAACAGCUGCGGGCUCCGCAGCCGCCCUGAGGAAGGCCUCGGCCCGCAGAAACGCCUGGGGGAACUUCUCCUACGCGGACCUGAUCACCCAGGCCAUCGAGAGCGCCCCGGAGAACCGUCUGACCCUGUCCCAGAUCUACGACUGGAUGGUGAGGUCCGUGCCGUACUUCAAGGACAAAGGGGACAGUAACAGCUCCGCAGGCUGGAAGAACUCGAUCCGGCACAACCUGUCCCUGCACAGCCGCUUUGUGAAGGUCCAGAACGAGGGCACGGGGAAGAGCUCGUGGUGGAUGCUGAACCCGGAGGGGGGGAAGGGAGGCAAGGCCCCGCGCCGCCGCGCCGUCUCCAUGGACAACAGCAAGUACAUCAAAGGCGCGCGGGGACGGGCCACGAAGAAGAAGGCGUCUCUGCAGGCGGCGCAGGACGGCGGCUCCGAGAGCAGCCUCUCCAAGUGGACAGGAAGUCCCGCCUCCCGCAGCAGCGACGAGCUCGACGCCUGGACCGACUUCCGCUCGCGCACCAACUCCAACGCCUCCACGCUCAGCGGCCGCCUGUCGCCCAUCCUCGCCAACCUUGAGCUGGACGAGGGUCCGGACUCACCGCUGUCCCCCAUGCUGUUCUCCAGCCCAAGCAGCAUGUCGCCGUCCGCCGGCCCCCCCGCCCUCUCAGACCUGAACCUGAACGACGGGCUGUCCGACAACCUGAUGGACGACCUGCUGGACAACAUCAGCCUGACUGCGCCGCAGCCGCCGGACGAGGAGGGCGACCCGUGCUGCGUGUUCAGCUUCAGCAGCGCAGGAGGCAGCCCCUCCCCCGGCCUCUUCAGCCCGCCUAGCAUCGCCGGCCUGCGCACGGCGCCCAUGCAGACCAUCCAGGAGAACAAGCAGACCUGGUUCUCUUCGCAUUUCGGCGCUGCAUCGCUGCAGGACCUGCAAAGCCACGCCCUCCUGACGCAGUCCGACCCGCUGAUGUCGCAGGCCAGCGCCGCCGCCAUCACGCUGCAGAACUCGCGCCGCAACGCCACGCUGCUGCGCAAAGACCCGGCGCCGCCGCCCGAUGCCAAGGACGCCAAACCGGUCCUCAAGUCCCCAAGCAAACUGGUCUCGGACCUGGACCUGGACAUGUUUAACGGCGGGCUGGACUGCGACCUGGACGCCAUCAUCCGCAACGAGCUGAUGGACGCCGACUGCCUGGACCUCAGCUUCGACUCGCGCCUCGCCGCCGCCGCGCAGAACGCUAACAGGAAGUCCGGGAGCCUCAAACAGACUCCGCCUCACAGCUGGGUGCCGAGCUGAGAGGGAGACGACACAGGUCGACACCGAGCUGCAGGGAGGAGUCCUGAACCCAGACUCUGCAGGUUAGCUAGCUCGCUAAAUCCUGCCACGCUGUACCCAUCGGCUUUCUGUAGAGGGAGAUGCUGCCUUCAGGGUCCAACUCGGAAAUAGGACAUCCUGCAGCUCGGUGUUGUCCUGAGGGAGGAACAUGUGGUGUCUGAGGAGAGACGGACGCUUCAGAAACAGUCUCAGGGAAUCUCUCCUCUCUCUCUCACCUGGAGACACUUUGCCAAACCAGCUGUCGGCCGUGCAGCGACCGCCUGUUUACAGAGGACCGUGUUAACGUGGACAUACUUGACGAGCUUUUUUAUUUAUUAAAACGGACUAAAGAGUGUUAAUUAUAAGCUGUUCCUUUCCCCCAUGAUGCACCGAGUCACCGAACAUCAGCGUGUAGAGUUGAUGUUGAAUCCAGAUGUGAACGUGUGGUUUCUACGUGGUGUUUCAUUUUUAUCCAGCCAGUUUUACCUUUCCCUGUGGUUCAGUGGGAGUACUGUGAACGGUGUUCCUUCAGAAGAGGAGCAUCACUGAUAUAAUAUGAGUAAUGAUGAUCCCCUCCACCAUCGUCCCCUCCUCUUCCACUUUCUGCAAUACUUCAUGACCGUAGGACCCAAAUAAGGACCGUUUAUUAGCUGUAGUGACUUCCAUUACAUUUAGACUUUUGUUAAGGAGACACUACAGGAGGAAACACGCUGCAGCUUCAGAGAGGACGCAGAUACAGAAACACAAAUCAGAACUCCUGCAGAAACAUCUGCAGCAGCUCUUCAACACAUGCAGCAUCUAGAGGACAUUCAGCAGAGGAAACAUGAGCAGUUUACUAAAAGCUGCAGAAACCAAACGCUGCAAGAAGCUCCAACACAACGGAGACCAGGGGACACUAAAG